ACUUGACUUGAAGAUUCUGGUUUAGUUGCUCUUAUGAAUUAACAAUGUAUAGGGUUKGAACACAGCGGCUUCCAGCGGGUGCCUAGAGAGACGAAGCUGUUUCCGUAGGAAGAUUGACAGAGCGGUCCCUCUUUUGCAAGUAUCGAUUUCGUAUCAAAUAUUACCCGUUGCACCGAGCGCGACGUGGAACGAGCAAAAUAUGAUUUAGGACGUACUUCACAACUUGGCCAGUUAACUUCCAAAUACUAGACUGAAUAUCGAGUAUUAGUGAAAACGAGAAUGAUGUAUUCUCCUAGUUAUAGCAACUAUAAUGUUCCUCAGUACCGACCUCACGCUCCUCCACAAACAAGGACGCAAGUGUACCAUCCAUGUACAUAUCAUCCAUCAAGGUUCCCGAACGUGGACCCUUUAGCUUCAUCAAGUCCCCCUUUAUCUUAUACAGGAACUGUGAGUCGAAAUUAUCCGCCUCCUUUAUCCCAUCCUAACGACCCUACAAGUGGAUACUUCUCAGCGUCUUUCAGGGAGAGUACACCGUUGUAUCGGAACGAAAUUAUCACACCAGCACAAGACUUCACUUCUCCAACCAACCAACAGUGCAGAUUUCCGAAUAACGUCUGUGACGCCUAUAUCGAGAGCUGCGAUGAAGGUUCCAAAUCUCCAUCGGACGAUGGCGAAGUUUCGGCCAAAACAGGCAAGAAACGYAAAGAAAGAACCGCAUUCUCCAAACAUCAGCUACAAGAACUCGAAAAUGAGUUCAUACGCAACAACUACUUAACUCGACUUCGCCGUUACGAGAUCGCAAUAAGUCUGGAUCUAACGGAAAGACAGGUCAAAGUUUGGUUCCAAAACAGGAGAAUGAAGUGGAAGCGUGUAAAGGGAGGUAAAAAGCCUGAAAAACGAACRCAGUUGGCAACAGAUAAUGUAGAAUCAUGUAGUGCAGAGCAGGAACAACUUUGAUGAUCUAAAAUUGAUUCUAGUGAGCUCAAGGGGGAAAAAUAUGUAUAUAUUCUUUAAAUUAUAUAUUUACUGUAAUUAUCGAAUCCAUUCGUUCUAGAAUUGAGUUUCAAAAUGUAUACAUACAAUUAAUAUGUAUUGUAUAUUCAAGUGUAUGUGUAAAAAAUURUCAUCUCCAUUCAGUCUUGUUGAGAAAGUCUCGCAAGUCGACCUGCAUGAAUUCAUGAAUUGUAAGAAUUUGUUCGAUUGUAAAUCAUGGUUUGUAGUAGCUAGUGCACCGUUGUAAAGAAAUUCUUAAGAUGACUAUAAAGAUGCAUGUAAAUAUUGUCAAUCGCUUAAGGAUGCACAGAUAUGGACAUUUUGAUUCCGACAUUGCUAGAGGCACACACUUUUCAAGCGGCCAAGAAAAUUGGGAACGUCAUUGCGAGGAGGGGUUUCUUUCUCGUCGAAACACCAGCCUGGUUUGAACAAAUGAAUCUACAAGGAAUCAUAAAAUAUCGCGGCAUGAAGUUAGAGUAAUCCCUCAGUUUUGAGGAGCUUAUUUGAAGUCUCUAGCUAUAGGUCCUAGUCUAAGGCUAAACUCAACAAAUAGUUGUGCAAGCAAAUAACCUGUGAAUCUGGAAAGAAAGGAUUUAAAAGGAUUUUAUCUUGUAAUCAGUGUACAUGUGUCCUGCCUAUUUUCUUACAGGGAAAAAAUCCUUUUUCCUACAUCGAAUAUCUUCAAUCGCAGCUAGGGGCCAUUACGAAACACUUUCAGUUGUACGUCAUUCUAUCUUUUGUCACUGUCUAGCAAGCCUUUUGAUAGCAUGGUGGAAACAAGCAAAUCUGACUAGAAGUACUUUAGUAUCCGCUGCUUUACUACACUUCAGUUUUUCUUCCACGUACCCUUCCUGUGUAUUAUUUCUGUAAAGGAAUAUGCUACCAUUCAUACUUGUACAUAUUGAAUAAACAGAUCUUAAUC